UCUUGUUUGUUGGCCUCCAGUAAACAUUACACGUUUCGACAAUCUGUUCUUAGAAGGAUGAAUUAUCCUAAUAACUCAAGCUACCCCAACGCAAGUCUAUCGGGCAGCUCGAGUCCUGAACUGGAACCGAGAUACGCCGUUACUCUUCUCCUUACAUUGAGUGCUAUAAUCUGCUCCAUUGGAGUUCUGGGUAACAUUUUGGUUGUUAUUAUCACAGGAGCCAACCGCGUUAGUAAAACCGCUGUAAACAAGUACAUCCUCAACUUGGCUAUCGCAGAUAUCGGUGUACUGGCCAUUAGUUAUCCGCUGACUUUUGAGCAAGUCGCUGUUCCUGAAAAUUGGCCGCUCGGAAGGUUUGUAUGCAAGUUUGUGUACCCGUUUACGGAGAUCUUCCCGUGCGCUUCCAUAGGGUCCAUCGUUGCCAUAGCAAUAGACCGCCACACGGCAAUUGUUCGUGGAAUGACAGCAUACAGGUCGAGGACGAUUGCAAAAUGGGUGAUACUGGCUAUUUGGAUUACAAGCUUCAUGAGUUCCGCGUUUCCAAUUUACUUGGUGAUGGAAUACAAAGAAAGCAACGGCACUGUUAAAUGUGCUCCAGAGUUUCCAAGUAGUACCACCGAAGCCGGUUACAAGUUUUCGAUGGCAAUUUUUUGGUACGUUAUACCACUGUUUUUGAUUCUAUGGGCGUACCGACAGAUCGCAUGCAAGAUUCGCGACAGCUAAAUACUCCACAAAAAAAUGCAUAACAUGGUUGGCUCUUACAAGAGAGAAAGAAAGAAAAAAUUCGAAACCGCAAACACAAAAGCUCUUAAAAUCCUUGUGCCGGUGGUGAUUGUGUUCGCUAUCACUAUGUUCCCAUUUCAUCUUCUUCAAGUAAUCAGAGUUUUCAUAGACGUGGGUCGCAUAAAAUACAUUUGGGUCGUGUAUAACAUAUUCAUUA